CUUUCACGCGCGGCGGCUUGUGUCAGCGGCGCUGACGCCAGCAUCCUCCCCCGCAUCCCGUCGCCAUGGCAACCCUUUGUUACCUCCGACGCUCGAGUGGUCCAGCCCGGGAGGGGGCCGGCCGGAGAGGUAUAUAGGCAACGCUGGGGGGGAGCCAAGGAAGGCAACUCCGGAUCCCCACCCAGGAGGAGGAAGGAAGGCCAGGAUCGCGGGCCAGCCAGGCGAGGAUCGGGGCCGGGAGAGCAGACCCGCUCCUUAUUGAUUGACCUUGAUGGUGGCGAUAGAUGCGCAUUAUAAAAAAAGCGAGAUCCGUCUGGAAGGACUGCGCUGCACCCGAGCCCGGACGGAGGCACUGAGAUCCUCCUCCCCUCUCCGGCCUCGGCCUCUUCCCUCCAGGCAGGAGGCGGCCCCUGAGGAUCAUUUUCUCUCUGCACAGAGGAACAGGAACUUGGGAGAGCAGUUUGCAGCACAGCCUUUGCUGGAGGGCGGCGAGCAACUGACCGCUGUUAUGUACGCUGAACCAUCCACCAUGAAUUUCCGGAACCACGGCUUUUUCCGCCGUUCUCCGCCCCCUUCAGUGACCAAACCGUCCCCUACCGCUGGGAACGCUCUGUCUGUCUUAGGAGGCAUUGCCCAAAUCUCGCCCUGCCUCUACCUCUGCUCUGGCAAUGCAGCAUCCAACAGACACAUGGUCUACUCCAGGGCAGUGACUUGUGUGGUGAAUGCUACCAUGGAAAUCCCCAAUGCCAACUGGCCAGAUAUUGACUACGUCAAGGUGCCUGUUCCUGACCUUCCUCACGCUCCGCUCUCCUUGUACUUUGAUUCUGUGGCCGAUAGGAUACACCAGACCGGGAAGAAGAAUGGAAGAACCCUCGUCCACUGUGUGGCAGGCGUCAGCCGGUCUGCCUCCCUCUGUAUUGCCUAUUUAAUGAAAUAUCACCGGUUGAGUCUCUUGGAUGCCCACGAGUGGGUGAAGAGCAGGCGGCCUGUCGUGAGGCCCAACGUAGGCUUCUGGAGGCAACUCAUAGAAUAUGAACGGAAGCUGUUCGGCAAGAACACUGUCAAGAUGGUGCCCUCGCCCAUUGGGUUGGUCCCAGAUGUCUAUGAAAAGGAGACCCGCGGGCUGGUCCCCGUGUGGAAUUUAAGAUAGACGCUGGGUAACUUUGGGGAGAUGGUUGGGUGGUGGGCUGGCUGGAGUUAGGAUCAAAAUGUUCCACCAUGGUAGGACCUUGGUAUGACCUUCCAACAUGGUGGACCUUGAUAAGGAAUUCUGUUAUGGUUAGUCUUUUUGUAAGGCCUUGCAAUAUUAGAUCAUGGGAAAGACUUGAUUUACUUGGACCUUCCAGUGUGGUAGACUUUGAUGGUUCCACUGGGGCAGACAUCACUAGGAAUGUCACCUUGCUUAUUCUGAGAAGAUAGUUAAGAACAAUAAGUAUAGGGAAUAAAGAUUACUAUCUAAAACAAGGACACCAAGAUCUUAAUAAAGCACCUCUCCCUAGUUAGGAGGCGAAACAUGAAUCUUUUGGAGACAGUGUCACUACUCCCAGCUACUUCCUAGCAAUGGAAAUUGAAAAUAUUUUUAUUUUUCAGUGAACACAAUAUACAUUCUCCCCGUCCUCCUCAGGGAGUGAUAUUUAAGCACCAAGGUGAUAUAAACCCCUGUUAAUGUUACUCCAAACAUUCAAGGAGCGCUGCAUCAAUAGUUGGCCAGAAAUCAGGAACCUAAAAAUGACUUAAAAGAAUCCAGUGCUAGAGGGAACGUUGAAAAAGGGAGGGAAACUGAUAUAAACGCUGGUUUUCACUGAACAGGCUGCAAUCUGGUCCAUAAAUGACAUGAAUACUAUGGCUGAUUCCGCAUGGGCCAAAAACAGCAGUGUGAAAACGGUGUGAAAGGGUUCAAAACGGUGUAAAAGGGUUUAUACUGUUUUCACACCAUUUUCACACUUCUGUUUUUGGCCCAUGCGGAAUCAGCCUAUGUUUCAGUAGAGUGUUCCAACUCAGGGAGGAGAAUCCAAAAGGACUGAGGGAAAAGGAAGGGAGAAUUUUAAUAUUACCUCAACACCAGAGCCCACCCAAAGCUGGGGAGGACAUAUGGCACCAAAGAGGACACAGUUUAAAUGGAAAAGGGUAGUGGUUCAUAGAUACCUCUACUUCUGGCACUAGGAAUUACAGUUUAAUAUAAAAAAAAACCAACCCAUCUUAUCUCUGCUCCUCAAGGCCAACAAAUUGCAAAGGGCCCUGGUAGCGCGUGGGUGGGAAGAGGGGAGUUUUCUAAACAUUUCACCCGCAAAGAAGCACAUUUCCAAAGAGAAUAACCUACCCCUGGAAACUGACAGAAGCAAAAAUCCAUUCAGAAGAAUAGUAAAAGCAGCAGCAUUCUGAGCAGUGAAUUUAAUAUCUGAAGCAGCAGCUCGGUGUUUUAAACAAAGCUGUGCGAGGGGUGAAUUUUAAGCAAAACGUGACAGUUCUACUUGAAGAGGAGCUCCACAGUAAUGGCACAAAAAGGGAAAGAUACACUCUGCAGCUGUAGGCAUUUUCCACGGAAACGUACUCAUCGUGUGUAACAUUUCAAAAUGGUGCUGACAAGAAGACCAGGCUGCACCUAGAAGCUGAGCCGAACCAGCAGACAUGUUAUUUCAAGCUGCAUAUGUUGUUUUGAUGCCUGGUUGUUUCUUUUUUUUGGUAAGAUGCCGACUCCCAAGUUUUUCAAAAGGAUUGUUGAAAGGCUCAGAUUUGCCGUUCAGAUCCCCACUUGAGGAAGUUUAAAGCAAACUGCUGUUUUUCUAUGAAGGAAGUUCUAGAAUGAAGAAGUUGCACAUCCUUUACCAGCCUCUGUCACAAUCAGCCCCUAGUACAACUCUUCCCCCCCCAAAAAAGUCUUGCCAUCUUGUAAACAGGGUUAUUGUAGCAUUCUUAAACAUUCAUGAAUAUUCCUACGACCAUAUAAGCAGUAGCAGGUUGAAAUCUGUUUUCUUUGAACAACUCAGUACAUUGUGUCCUAACAUUAUUUUGGCUUUUUUAACCCGAUAUAUCAGAGUUCCAGCGCAGUGAAAUAAGCUGCUAGAUUAAUGUGAUCUUUGCAAAGAAAAUGUCAUUUCUAAGCCAAAUCUUUGCAAAAAAAUAAUGAACUAAGCCACUUGGGAAUAUGUUGGUUCUUAUAUAUUGCAGGCGAAUAACUGCUCCCCCAACCCACCCACCUUCCUGUUUAUGAAUAAGUUGAAGUAUCUUCAUUACCUCCGCCUGAGAAAACAGGCAGACGGUAUUUGGCAAAUUGGAUCUUACGACUUUCAAAGCGUAAGCCAUAUUCCCCUUUCCCUCCCUCAAAUAUUUUAUUAUUUUACUUUGUUAGAAGAAUACGGGGGGUGUCAUGUAACAAAACCCCUUCAAAAUAUUUUACAGAAAACUCGUAUAACUUUUUGUAGACUAGAGUCUUAUUGGGUCAAAUAUCUAUCCUAAAUUAUUGGGUCAAAAUUAAUAGCAGCAGCUGUAAGUUGACUCCAGGAAGGAACGUAAGCUGUCAUACUAAUGUAGUUUUUUAAGCAACACCCUCCAAGUAUGUUCCUUGGUCUGUAGCCUGUGACUAGGAAUAUACGAAGCUAGAUUAGUAGAGAGUUGAGAAAUAAAGCCAAUUAAAGGUACCUGAGAGCAAGACUGCGGUUCAGAGAUUUUUCAGACCCCCGAAUUCACACAUUUCCCAGAAUCUACACCUCCAAACCACCAUCUGCUUGAAGUCUGUUUUUCAUCUCUUCAGGCAGAGCAAGGUUUGGGAGCUGAAAACUGCUGGAUUUUCCCCCUCAAACCAUAGCAAGUUCAUCCUUUCCAUUUAAGCACAGAAUGUCUACGUUAGAAGGCUCUUAAAACAGCUGGCAUCUGAACAAGGGGGUUAACGUGCUAUAUAGACAAAUGUUUAAGCCAGCAUGUAGCACUGGUUAAUGUAAGAGUCAUUGUAGCCAUACAGAACAUUUCCCUCCCAAAGUAGGAAUUGGGCCCAUGAGGAGAAUUUCAGCUCUCAUUAAGGGGCAGUUGGUUGACACGGGUCACAGCACAGCGGGUCUUUUUCCCCCCAAUUGUUACGUAUACAUAUCUAUAAAUAUUUAAAACCUAUGCCUUUCUGUAUAGUUUGUACAUAGUAGAGGAUUAAAUGCGGGAAUCUAUAUUAAUUAAAGCUAGGGUUUCUUAUGGCUUCAGUUCAAAGAUCUUAAUAAAUAAACGUUUUAAAACCGC